AUGUUUGACUUUAUAUAAAUACCAAAGACAAAGAAGAUGGAGUAAGAACCUCAAAGUAGAGAAGAAAAAAAACUAAGAGAGAAAGAGAAAGAGAGAGGAUGGUGAUAAAGAGAAUAGAGCUAUGCAUAGGGAUUAUGAAGAUAGCAAUGGAGUUCUUGGUGGUGGUGGCUGACGCCGUCAGAACCUUCUUGAGCCACUCUUCUCCGCCUCAUGCUCACCACCGCCAUGGCCUCUACUCUUACUCCCCCUCCCCUUAUCGCCCUUCUUCACCUUACAUCAUCGGCUUUCUUCCCUGAGUUUGUAUAUUGUCUUUAUUUCCUUUGAUAAAUGAAUGUUCAUGUACAUUCAAUAUUACUUAAUUUCCAAAAAAAAUAAGAACUAGUUUUAGUCAUUCUCAUACGUUAUCACUUGAGUUUGUAAUUAUUUGUUUCCUUCUCUAAUUUCGUGUUUUAGGUUCCAGUGUUGAAAUUUUGUUGUGGAAAUAAAAUACUUGUAACCGUGGAUUACGAUAUUAAACUAUUUCUUGCAACA